AUUCAUGUGUCAAGGUGCAUAUCUGCAGCCUUGAUCCAGAACAAAAAAGCCUAAAGAAAUAUGAUCGAGAUACAGCUCUACGAAAAGUUACAUUUUGUUAUGCAGAAAGCCGUCUUCCAAGAUUUGCCUUCUUCGAUCCGUUCGCACCGUUUGAUUCACGUGAAGGAUAUGGUAUUUCGAUAGUGAAGAGAACAUACAACAUUAUUGCAAUUUGCGAGGCGCUUUUUUUUUGUGAUCAAAUCAGUUACGUUGCCAAAUACCCGGAAGAAUCUGAUAGUCCAGCGUAUAAAGAAACGAAGGAAUUAAUCGACAAGCGAAGAGCGGAUGUCGGCAAAGAGCUCACGGAGACCCGGCGUUACCCCGAUGCACAACAUAAAUAUUCCUGGAUUGUCGCGCAGCGCAGAGUGAGGGAUUGCUUUUCUGGGAACUUUGCUGGAGAUAGAGGGCUUCUAGAACACAAGCCUGCUGGACAAAUGUACACGAUCACUGAAAUUUACGACACCUUUCAGGACAUUGAUAAACGUGGAGAACUUCUCACCUAUCCAGAGGACGAAGGGCCUGGCUCUGAAGAGUUAAUAACUUUGAUCAAUGGAAAUAGGGAAAAGCUUAUCAAAGAGGAAAAGGAAGCCAAAGAAAAGCCAUUUGUACAACGUGAAUAUUCCCACAGUCAGGCUGAACGUCGAUUACGAGAUUGUUUCGCUGGUACCGUCUCAGGAGAUACUGAUAUUUUUCCAGAGCGAAAAAAUACCUAUAACAUCUCUGAAAUCAAAGCUGCUAUUGACAAUUUUGAUAACAAAAAGUUGAUUGAAAAGUACGGAGAAGAAGAAAAACUCGACGAUGAAAAGAAAAAGACGGUUGACGAUGCAAGGGAUUCAAUUCAGGCUGAAUAUGAAAAUGCCAUCUCAGAGACGGAAGUGAGUUACGGCUCAGGGUUUAUAAUCCAGAAUGGUACUAUUGUCACCAACAAACAUGUGAUUGACGAUUAUCUUCGCGAUAAAGAGAAAAACAGAAUCUAUAUUUCUAAUAAAGUCAUUGGUGGAAUAUACGUACCCUGCAAAGUUGCGGAUUCGGAUCCUCGCAGUGAUCUAGCUUCUCUGAAUUGUUCGAAACACUUCUGGAAGAAAAUUUCAGAAAUACGUCCAUUGCAGUUGUCCAAUGAGCCAUUGCUAACCGGCCAGAAGGUUUUCUGCUUCGGCUAUCCCACUCAUUACCCGGGGAAAAAGGCUCUUUUUGUGGAGGGCAGAGUCUCUGGUGAAAAUGAAAAACUGUAUGGACCUAAAUUAGCCAUUAUAAAUGGUUCACUCAGCCCUGGUAAUUCAGGUGGCCCAGUGUUACGUCGGAUAGAUGGUCAAUUAAGGGUGGUUGGAGUUGUGAAAGAACAGCACAUCAAACACUUCCUAACUCAAGAACUAAUAGAAGAAAUGGUAAAAGACAAAAUGGAUACAGUUACUGUUUCUGAUGUGCAGGAUGGAGCAACCAGAAGUGACCAGAACUUAAAUACAAAAGAAUUGACGACAGAAAUAUAUCUUGCAAUAACGGGAUCACAUUCCCCAUUCAAUUUCGGUAAUGUUUUACCUGCUCAAUUAGUGUCCAGUUUGGUACAGCGCAAUAACGUUGACCAACCUGUCCAGGGGGAAUUAUAGACUAACAUUUUAACUUGUUACUUUGAGUAUAAGUAUCGUGGUUUGCAUAUUAUUUCUCAAUUCAUAAAGAAGUUUAAGUGUGUAGGGACUUUUAGAUUAAACUACCUCACCUCACCUUUGCAUUUUGGUUCUUUUUUGGGACCACUUAAUUAUAAAUCUGAAGGCUUCAUGCUUCCAAUCUCUCAACUAUGCAUGCAUGAAUGCACAAUGCAUGAACUGCCAAAUGAAACCAUGGAACAUUGGGGGCAGAAUGUUUUGUUAGUGAAAAGGCUCAUUGUACACAAAGCCACAGACAUACCCCUUCUCAAAUUCCCUGAUUGUCCUUUGCAUAGUGUGUUGACAUAAGAAAAAACCAUUGACAACAAUUAUCGGUAGUUAAUUAAUUUGGUGUACUAGUAAAUUCCAUUGAUUUCACUGAUUUUGGGAGCUUUAGGAUACUGAAUCUCUUUACAAUGAGGACUGUUAAGAUUUUUGGGUCAUAGGUACAGUUUACAAUUAUUGACAGAUGUAUAUCUGAAAAAAAAAAAAUGACUGCUGUAAGAUUCCAGUAGGUUUGAUCAUGACCACCUGGAGCUUUGCAAAAUGUUCUUUCUUUUAUUCAGAUCUAGAUUUGUCACUAUUACUUAAAUUUUCUUUGAUGUUUGCUGCUCAUAGGAUAUACUUGAAGACUAUUUGAGGUUGCAAAAUAAGGUUUUCUAGUAUUUGGUGAGGAGCAUUUGACACUAUCUGAACUGGAUUAACGAUUUAGUACCUCUCUGCUCCAAAUACGUUUAAUUUGUUCAUCAUUUAAACUAACUGAAAAUAUUAUAUAAUUUUCUAUAGCAUUGAACUAUGUGUAGAGGAUUGUUCCUAAAUUUUAUUGAGCUUGAGCUUCUUCAGUUGGUGAUCAUAUCCUUUAUUCUCAUGACCUUAAUGUGAUAUUUAUGGGAGAUAUUGUAAGGAGAAGUUAGAUACCAAUCACCCUUAGGGGUGAAAAGGUUAACAAAUUAAAGGGGUUGAAUUGAUAUACAAGUAAUACCAAGGUGCUGAAGACCUCCAGUGGUUACAUUUGUUCAUCAUUUAAACUAACUGAAAAUAUUAUAUAAUUUUCUAUAGCAUUGAACUAUGUGUAGAGGAUUGUUCCUAAAUUUUAUAGCCUUCUUGUUCAUAUUUAAUGAGUCUCCUAAAAGUAUCAAAGAAAUGUAUAUAAAGUUACUUAAGAGGAGGAAACUCUCAGAAUUGAACCCCUAGUAACUUAUCAAACAUUGAUUGAGGAUUUAGGAUAAUUAUUUACUAAACUUGAAGUGAAUAUUUUGAAUUCUGCAGGCUCAGUUAAAUCAAACAACAACAAGAUUUAUCUGUGUGUGCAAGGUGUGCAAGGGGCUGCCACAAAAGAAAGAAAUUAAAUAACACCCAAAAUAAAGUAAAAUACUUCAACUGAUAUCUGCUCUAUUGGUUAAUAAAUGAUUACAAGAGAAGGUUUAGGUGCCCAUGUGAUGAAUGUAUCAUGGAAGGAAGUGAAAAGACUAAAGACCAGUUAUAUGUUUGACAAUCUAAAUCCCGAGAUCUGAUUGCAAACUCUCCCUUUGUAAAUUAGUUACAAGAAUUUGGAGUUAGUUCAAGAUAACAACUUCUACCUAAUAAAUUUGAGUAUUCUUACCAUAUGUUUGCUGGACAAUGUAUGGAUAAUAUGGGGAGAAGUUUUAUCUUAACACUUCUGGGAGUUGAAGGGUAAAGUGCUGACUUGUAACAUUGUUUAAAAGAAUGAAUAAGUUGACUGGUGUCAGAAAACCAAAUGCUGCUUUUUUUUUUCGAGGAG